UGGUCAGUGGUGGGGAAAAUCAGAGUUAGUGGCGGCAGUGCUGUGGCAGCCUGUGAACAUGGAUGACAAGGAGAGACACUGAUGUACUAUGGAUUUAACAGAUUUUUAAGGGAAUUCACACAGCUUAACGCCAUUAAACACACUGGACUUGGGUUAUAUGCAUGCGUUCAACCAUAAUUUGUUGCAGCUAAAAUUAGGAACACUGGAGGUAAAUGUGAGGGAUAACUGCAACUGGUGAGAGACUCCCUCCUCUGGGCUCCCCCAUCCCAGCCCUCUCCUACACCAGUCUUCAAAGCCCCAUUCCCAACAUGUUCUCCUCUAACUUUCUGAGUGGGGGGAAUCCUCUAAGUGCAAUGUCCUCUGCUGUAAACAAGUUCAGUCUUUUCGGGGAUGAAGAGGAAAAGCAACAACAGCAGCCUCCAGGACCCUCAAAGCAGAAGGAUCUUCAACAGCAGGGGAAUGGCCAACCAGCCUCACAGGGGCCUCAGAGGCAAAGUGGACAGCAGACACAGGGUGUGGGAAGGGGAGGCCAAGGAGCCGGACGGGGUGGAUCUCAACCACAAGGAGCUGGACGGGGAAGUCCUGUACAGCAAGGAGCUGGGAGAGGAGGUCCAGGCAGGGGAGGAUUGCAACAAGGAGCAGGUGGGAGUGGAUCUCCUAAGAAGGGUGUUGGAAAGGGUGGACCUCAACAACAAGGCCCAAGUGGGCCUGGGUCUCAUCCAGGAGGUGCGGUUGGCUCAAAGCCUCCUUCAUCAGAGCCUCAAGUGAAACGUGGACCUGGAACUGGGGUGAAAUCCCUCUGUCCAGUCUGUAAAAAUACAGAACUCAAUCUUAAGUCUAAGGAUUCUCCUAACCAUAACACCUGCACACAAUGUAAAUCAGUGGUCUGCAACAUGUGUGGGUUCAGUCCUCCAGAUGCAACCGCUAAGGAAUGGCUUUGCCUUAAUUGCCAGAUGCAGAGGGCUCUGGGUGGGGCAAAGAACAGCGGACCUCCUACGCUAAAAACCCAGCCACAGCCUAAGGACUCUGUACCAUCACAGAACCCUGCAAAGAAAAGCAUGCCUCAUACUAAGCAGAUGCCCUCAUCUGCCAGCCAGCCAUCCAAACCAAUAGAGGGUCAGAAACCGGCAAGCCAGUCCAGCACAAGUGCAGCUCAUCCAUCGCAGCAAACAUCACAACAAAAACCUCCACCACAACAGACAACAAAUGGUGCUCCUCCUGCCAAAACUGAGACACCAUCAAAGACUGAGCCUCCUAAAAAAGAAGACGAGUCCAGUUUCUUUGGUUUCGGUUUUGGUGGCGCUCGAUCCCGCUCUCCAUCUCCACAGCCUGGUGCCUCUUUUGUCUCUGGAAAGGUUCUAGGCUUUGGGUCUUCGUUCCUUAGCUCAGCAUCCAAUUUGAUUUCAGCUGUCCAGGAUGAGCCCUCCACAACCCCACCAACCUCACGAAAAGGUUCCACAGUUUCCCAAACCUCUGCCAAGAUUUCCACACCCCCUUCCUUAAGAAAAGGUUCAGAGGCCACCAAGGGCUCCACCAGUGUUCCUAAAUCACAGACACAGGAGGGAAAAAUGCCACACGAACAAAAUAAACCCCAAGACACUCAAAAAACAAUGACAACAAAUGAAACCUCAUCUGCUCAAGGCCCAAAACUUCCUCCUAAAGCCUGUCCACUCUGCAAGGCAAGCCUGAGAACAGAUCCUCCCAAUUACAGUACCUGCACUGAAUGCAAGGCCACCGUUUGUAAUCAGUGCGGAUUUAAUCCUGUGCCUCAUCAAACAGAGGCAAAAGAGUGGCUUUGCUUAAACUGCCAGACACAGAGAGCUCUGAAAGGAAUACAACCUCCGGGACAACCCAUUAUAAAGUCCCUAACACAGCCCAGCAAAUAUCAAAAGAUGGAUUCUACACAUGGUCCUUUAGAGAAACAGCCCACAGCUCUGCCAACAAAGACUAGUCCUGCCAACCAACCUGCUUCUCAUAAAAAGGAAAUGCAUGAUCAACAGACUAGUGCAGCAGGAGCAAAGAAAGCUCCCUCUCCUAAGCCUUUACAGCAACCGACAGCAAAAAAUGCCCCCUCUCCUUCUGUGUCCAAAGCAGCACCAAAGGCUAAGACUGAACAAGAAAAGUCAGGAUUUUUUGGCUUUUCAGGAUUCGGUGGAACCCGGUCACGAUCACCAUCCCCUCAGCCUGCUGAUUCGGCCAUGUCUGGUAAGGUCCUAGGAUUUAAGUCAUCCUUCCUGAGCUCAUCAUCUAAUCUCAUUUCAUCAGCAGUUCAAGAUGAACCUUCUACGACACCACCAAAUAACCCUCUAGCACCUUCAGUCUCUCAAACUUCCCUCAAGACUUCUACUCCACCGAGAUCUCACAAAGGGUCCACAUCAUCGCAAGUGGCUGCAUUAUCAGUGUCUACAGGGAAGGCUAAUCAAUCAGAUGGUCAGAAAGAAGAGAAAAAGACAGAGCUAACUGCAGAUCAAAAGAACAAAUCACCAAUAUCUCAAAUUAAAAAAGCAGAACCGUCUUCACAGAUGCCAAAAGCAGACAAAGGCCCUCAACCCUUGCCCAAAUCCUGCCCACUCUGUAAGGUAGAAAUAAAAAAGGACCUUGCCAACUACAACACUUGUACGGAGUGCAAAAACACUGUGUGCGAUCUCUGUGGGUUCAACCCAACACCACAUCAAACAGAGUUGAAAGAAUGGCUUUGUCUGAACUGUCAGACUCAAAGAGCUCUAAGAGGAAUGGAGCCAACAGGAGCUCCAAAGAUGGAGAUCGCAGGGCAGCCCGACAAAAUCCCUACCACUCAACCAAUGGCUCCACCCUCAAUUCAAAAGAAAGGUGUUUCUGAAUUAGGCAAGAAAAUUGACCCUCCUCAGAAAUUACAAGAACAACCCAAGGCUCUAAAUGGUACUCUGCCUAUCCAAAAAGCCCAACAGCAAGAAAAUGAAGCCAAAUCUGAUGUUCCUGCCAAGGCAGCCAAGGAAGAAACUGGAUUUUUGGGUUUUGGUGGUGCAAGGUCAAGAUCUCCAUCUCCUCAGCCUGCUAUGUCUGCUGUAUCUGGGAAGGUUCUUGGCUUUGGUUCCUCCUUUCUCAGCUCAGCAUCUAAUUUAAUAUCCUCAGCUGUGCAAGAUGAGACAUCUAUAACACCACCAACCUCCCGCAAAGCUUCCACAGUUUCCCAGAGCUCAACACCACCCACAUCACGGAAGAGCUCUGCUGUUCCACAUAUCACAAACACAGGGGACAAUAGACAGUCUACCGCACAAAAACAAGAAAAAACGAUUUCUGAAUUACCUCAGCUAUCCAGUAAAUCUUCUGUGAAAGCAAAAAGAGACCAAACAUUUUCUGCAAAAGUUGACAAAACUCCUCUCCCUCUUCCCAAAAUCUGUCCACUCUGCAAGGCAGAUAUUACCAUUGAUCCUCCUAAUUUUAACAACUGCACCAAUUGCAAAAACAUUGUGUGUAACCAUUGUGGAUUUAACCCCAUGCCUCAUCAAAAAGAGGUGAAGGAAUGGCUCUGUUUGAAUUGCCAGAUGAAGAGAGCACCUGAACCUUUAGGUCUAAAUCCCCAGCUACAGACUAAUGCUAGUUCACAAGACAAAACAGCUCCACAUCAGCCUCCUCCAGGAGCCAGUAGAACUGAGGACCAGUCAAAAACAGCACUUGGAAAACCCACUACUAUGUCUACAGUUCAAAAUAUCCCAAAUGAAAAACCUGCACAGAAAGAAACUAUAAAACCUCAACAGCCAAAAGAUAGUAGUGCCCCAGCCAAAUUUGAAACCACGACACAAUCAGAUUCCUCCAAAGAAAAUACAGGUUUCUUUGGGUUUGGAUUUGGUGGUGCUCGAUCUCGAUCACCUUCUCCUCAACCUGUUGUCUCGGAGAAGGUUCUAGGCUUUGGUUCCUCGUUCCUCAGCUCAGCAUCUAAUCUCAUAUCUUCAGUAGUUCAAGAGGAGUCCUCCUCAACACCACCACUACCUCUUAAAGGUACAACAGUUUCCCAGACCUCGGUGAAGUCUACUACGCCGCCUGUCUCUCGUAAAGGUUCAUCGGUUUCACAGACAUCUUUCAAAACCACAUCUGCUGUGGCAGCAGCAGCAACAUCCCAAGACUUAACAAAAAUGGAGGCUGUGGAAAAUAAUCCUCUUUCUCAAAAGCAGUUGGCAGGCAAGCAGUCCAUGCAUUCUCAACCUUUCAAAGGACCAUCUACACCGCCAUCAAAGCCUCAAGCAGCUGAUAAGCCCUAUCAUUUUCUGCCCAAAGAAUGUCCACUUUGCAAAGUAGAACUCAAGAAAGAUCCUCCAAAUUUCAACACCUGCACUGAAUGCAAGAGCAUUGUAUGUAACCUCUGUGGGUUUAAUCCUAUGCCUCAUCAAACCGAGGCAAAGGAGUGGCUUUGUUUAACCUGUCAGGUGCAGCGAGCAUCAAUGCCUCCCAAUGCAGAGCUUCAAGAUCAAGCUAAAAAAUUACCCAUAGUGCCAAAUAAGGGGGCGCAAGAUGUUCCCGAAUCUGCACGGAAGAAACAAAAUGUGGAGGAAGCCACCAGAACUGGUCAGAAAACAGCUGUAGUAGGGGGAAAGGAGCCUGAGGAGUCUGGAUUUUUUAGUUUUGGCAUUGGUGGGGCUCGAUCCAGGUCUCCUUCACCUCAGCCUGCUGUUUCUGCUGUAUCUGGGAAAGUUUUAGGCUUUGGUUCGUCCUUCCUUAGCACAGCCUCUAAUCUGAUAUCAUCAGCUGUUCAGGAUGAACCUUCCACAACACCACCAACCUCCCGCAAAGGUUCGUCAGUUUCAGAAACAACACUUCCUCCUGGCUCCCGUAAAGGCUCUACAGUAUCUCAGUCAUUGUUCAACAACAACACAAUGUCUCCUAGCUCAGAAAAAGCUUCUUUAACCAUGCAAGGUUCCCAGAAAUCUCAACCUAGUAAAGAUAUUAAGCCAUCGAUUGGACAGAAACAAGAGGAGAAAAUGCUAUCACUUCAACGGGUUGAGGAGCCAUCAAAUAAAGUAAAAGAGGAUAAGUCAGAGACACCUACAUCCAAACCUCUUACCAAGGUCUGCCCACUUUGCAAGGUGGAGCUCAAGAAAGAUCAGUACAACAGCUGCACUGAAUGCAAAAAUUUAGUUUGUAACUUGUGUGGGUUCAACCCUAUGCCCCAUGAAAAUGAGAAAAAGUGGCUUUGUUUGGCGUGUCAGAUGAAGAAAGCACCAGAACCUCACCCUGCGCAACUUCAGCCAAAUGCUAAGGAAGUUUCACCACUUAAAAUUGAUACUCCCACUCCAGAUGCUUCACAGAAAAAGCCACAUCCUCCAGCAGAUGCAGUUCAAAAGGAUAGGAAACCAGAAGUAGCAGUGAAACAAGACAAAAAGCAAAUAUUAGCAGAAACUGAACAACCCACCCAAAGAGAAACGAAACAUAAUAUUCCAGAAGUUCCAAAGUCAGAAUCUCCGCAACCAGACAAACCUGGAUUCUUUGGGUUCGGUUUUGUAGGAGUUAGAUCUCAAUCACCUUCUCCUCAGCCUGCUGUCUCUAAUGUCUCAGAGAAGGUUCUGGGGUUUGGUUCUUCAUUCUUAAGCUCAGCAUCUAAUCUAAUGUCAACAGCUGUUCAAGAUGAGUCCGCUACAACACCGUCUAGUUCUCGCAAGGCUUCAACAGCUUCUCAAAUAUCUGACCAGACGCCACCAACAUCGCGCAAAGGUUCUGCAGUCUCUCAAAUCUCUAGAAAAGUUAAUACCACUCCACCUUCCUCUCGUAAGGGUUCUACAGUUUCACAGACAUCUCUUAAAACAACUUCUGCAACCUCACAGAAGGAGUUUGAAGCUGCAGUAAACUCUAAAAGCAAUGAAAAUACAGAUAGGGCAAAAACUAAAGUUGCAGAAAAAGAAGAAGAAACCACUAAAAGAGUUACCCCACAGCUGCAAAGACAAGGAAAGUCCCAAGAUGGACAUGUUCCUGUCUCCUCUGAAAUCACUGAAGAGUCUAGAGGUAGAUCUCAGUCUCCUUUACUUCCACCUACAGCAUCUGCUGUCUCUGGGAAGGUUUUGGGAUUUGGUUCAUCCUUCUUUAGCUCAGCAAGUAAUCUGAUCUCAUCAGCUCUAGAUGAGCCUUCUACAACACCACCCACUUCUCGCAAAGGAUCCACAUCUUCUCAACUAUCUGCUAAGACUGCAACCCCACCCUCUUCUCGUAAAGGCUCAUCAGUUUCCCAGACUUCAGAUAAGAUUACCACUCCACCUACCUCACGAAAGAGUUCUGGAGUUCCUCAGACAUCUCUCAAGACCAGCACACCUCCUGCUUCCGCAAAUGGAUCUGAUGUCUCUCCUAAAAUUCUUCCUUCAGAUGACAAAAAAGUACAUCCUGAAAAUAUACAAGAUGAUAAGAAAUCCAUGGUCAGUCAGGCACAGCCAACAACUGUAUCAGUUUCAAAAGAUAGAGAUAUAUCAGAAAAUACACGGACAGAGCCCACUAAAUCAUUUCCCAAAGCCUGCCCUCUCUGUAAAGUCGAUUUGCAGAAGAAGCCUCCCAAUUACAAUACCUGUACUGAGUGCAAAAACACUGUGUGUAAUCUAUGUGGCUUUAACCCCAUGCCCCAUGAGACAGAGAAAAAGGAGUGGCUAUGUCUGAACUGCCAGAUGCAAAGAGCUCAAGCUGAGACUGACAAAGUACCUCCACCAGUAUCAUCACUAACUAAAGCAACUCCUGCUCCUCCCCAGAAGAAGCCACUUGAUUCCAUAGAUGUUACUGAAAAAGAAAAAACUGCACUAUCUGAAGGUUCAACACCAGGGUAUAGGAAGGCUAGUGCAGUUCCACCAACACAGAAGCCACCCCAGCAGCAGGAUAUCAAGAAUCCAGUAGAGCAAACACAGAAGAAUGAUACUGUAUUCAGAAAAUCUACUGCCUCACCAAAGGCUGCAUCUACAAAAGAAGAGAGUGGCUUGUUUGGUUUUGGACGCUCUAGAUCACCUUCUCCCCAACCUGCUGCUUCCAGUGUUUCUGGGAAGGUCUUUGGAUUUGGUUCUUCCCUGUUGAAUUCGGCUUCUAAUCUUAUCUCCACCACUGUACAAGUUGAAUCCUCCACCACACUCCUUGCAACUCAGCAACAGGAUUCAUUAGCUUCAAAUACUCCUGUGUUGACUACAUUAGCACCAGCUACUUCUCAGAAGGGAUCAGCAGAUGCGUCACCAAAACAGCAAGCUAAAUCUGUUGAAAAUCAGCAGAGAGACAAGAAAUCUGAGGAAAAAAUGACAGAAGUUCAGGGAAAAGCUGUAAAAGAGAGUGACCCAUCAAGGAUUCCAAAGGCUUGUCCACUUUGUAAGGCUGAAAUAAUGAGGAAUCCACCAAAUUAUAGCACCUGUACUAUUUGCAAGAGCACUGUGUGUAAUCUCUGUGGCUUCAACCCAAUGCCACAUCAAACUGAGGUGAAGGAAUGGCUGUGUUUGAACUGCCAGAUGCAGAGAGCUCCUGAACCUACAGUUGUGGAGCCAGGAAUUCAGACUACUAAAUUACCUCCACCUACAUCAUCAGAAAAACAAGACACUGGGGGUGUUGUAGCAGAGGAUAAUGCUUCUGCGAAACAAGAAGGCAAACCUAAUCUGGCAGAUUCCAAACAAACUACAUCAGAGGCCCAAAUCCAGAAAAAUGUCUCACCUGCCAAAUCUGAUCAACAACCUAAAUCUGAAUCUUCAAAACAGGAUUCAGAUUUUUUCAGCUUUGGUUUUGGUCGUUCUCGCUCAAGGUCACCAUCUCCUCAGCCAACUGUGUCUGCUGUCUCUGGGAAGGUUCUAGGCUUCAGUUCCUCCUUCCUUAGCUCAGCAUCCAAUCUGAUUUCCUCAACUGUCCAGGAUGAACCUUCUAAAACUCCACCAAAUUCUCGCAAAGGGUCUACAGUUUCCCAGACUUCGAAUAAGACAACACCACCUAUUUCGCGAAAAGGAUCAGUAGCUCCACAAGACACUAAACUAAAUCUUACUGCAGAAAAAUCAAUUCCAACCCCUUCACCAACCAAAGAAGAGAAAAAGCCACCAGAUGCUCAAUCAUCCAAACCUCUAGAAGCUCAAGUGAAAGAGGAGCAUCCAAAAACUUGCCUACUCUGUAAAGAGAUCCUUAAGAAGGACCCACAAAACUAUAGCUCUUGCACUUAUUGCAAAACCAUUGUUUGCAAUCUCUGUGGAUUCAAUCCCAAUCCACAUCAAACUGAAGUAAAGGAGUGGCUGUGUUUGACCUGCCAAAUGCAGAGAACUUCAGGUCCUCCCCCAGCUCAGCCACCAUCUAAACAAUUACUUCCACCAGCAUCUCCACAAAAGGAAAAGAGUCCAGAUAAGAAGCCAAGUGUUACAACUGAGCAGGAAAAGAAACAUAAUUUAGAGACCAAAACACCAACAACACCAAUUACUCAAAUUUCUAAAGGUGAUGCUUCUCCUUCCAAGACUGCUCCACUACCUAAAGGUGAACAGAUUAAAGAAGAGUCAAGUUUUUUUGGCUUUGGUUUCGGUGGUGCUCGAUCUCGGUCUCCCUCUCCUCAGACUGCUGUCUCUGAUAAGGUUUUUGGUUUUGGAUCCUCCAUCCUCAGCUCAGCAUCUAACCUGAUCUCUUCAGCUGUUCAAGAUGAAUCCUCCACCAAAACUCCACCAACAUCUCGCAAGGGAUCUACAGUUUCCCAGACAUUAAAAAAUAAGACCACACCAACAUCACCUACUUCUCGAAAAGGAUCAGUUUCUCUUCAGGAUGCUAAACAAAAACCACCUGAAGGGGAAUCAAAGCCAGUUGUUACAACAAUACUAGAACCAAAGACAUUGCAGAAAACCCCAGAUCCUAAUCUGGCCAAACCUCCACAUGGUCCAAAUGAGCUUCCAGAAACCUGUCCACUUUGCAAAGAAACUCUUCAGAAGGACCCGCAGAACUACAGCUUUUGUAGUUCUUGCCAGAAAAUUGUUUGUAAUCUCUGUGGAUUCAACCCCAAUCCCCAUCAAACUGAGGUGAAGCAAUGGCUAUGCUUGACCUGCCAGGUACAGAGAACCUCAGGAACUCCCCCUGCUCAGCCACAACCACAAUCCAACAAAGUACCACCAGCAUCUUCAGAAAAUAAAGUGGCACAAAUUCCAACUUCCACAGAAAAGGAGCAGAGUGUCCCUGCUAAGCAGGACAAGAAACCUCCAGCAGAAAAUAAAAAACCUACAAUUACUCCAACUCCAAAUGCCCAAAAGUCUAAAGGUGAAGCUUCUCCUUCCAAACCUGCUCCAUCAUCUAAAGUCGAACAGACUAAAGAAGGGUCCAGUUUCUUUGGCUUUGGUUUUGGAGAUGCUCGAUCCCGGUCACCUUCUCCUCAAUCUGCUGUCUCUGAGAAAGUUAUGGGUUUUGGUUCAUCCUUCCUUAGUUCAGCAUCUGAUCUGAUAUCCUCAACCAUUCAGGAUGAGUCAUCCACCAAAACUCCACCAAGUUCUCGUAAGGGAUCCACUGUGUCCCAAAGUUCUGUUAAGACGACUCUAACACCACCUAUCUCUCGAAAAGGUUCAGAAGCUUCACAAGCCACUCAAAAAAUUAAACCACCAGAAGAAGCCAAACGUAUUACUGCACAGAAACAGGACAGUCCAGUUCUCGAGCUUCCAAAAGCCUGUCCACUUUGUAAAGUGGACAUAAAGUGGGAUCCACCAAAUUACAACACUUGCACUGAAUGCAAGGACACGGUGUGCAAUCUUUGUGGAUUUAAUCCCAUGCCACAUCAAACUGAGGAAUGGCUGUGUUUGAACUGCCAGAUGAAGAAAGCUCAGAUGUCUCCCUCUACUAAACCACAGCCACAUGUUAGCAAAGCAUCUCCACCAACAAUACCAGAAAACAAGGAGACUCUCAUACAUACUCCAAUUCCAGUGUCUCCAAAAAAUAAGGCAGAUGUUAUUGGGAAGAUUAGCACAUCAGUUGCUAAAGAGAAUAAAGAGAACCAACCUAUACAAACUACAACACAACCAACUGAAAUGGCAAAAUGUGAUCCUUCUCCUGCAAAAUCGAUUGUACAACAGAAACCAGAACCUUCUAAAGAGGAAUCAAGUUUCUUUAGCUUUGGUUUCAGUGGUGCUCGAUCUGGAUCCCCUCAGCCUUCAGUGACUGCUGUCUCAGGGAAGGUUUUGGGAUUUGGAUCCUCCUUUUUGAACUCUGCAUCCAAUCUAAUCUCCUCAGCUGUUCAAGAUGAGUCCUCCACACUGCCACCAACUUCUCGUAAGGCUUCCACAGCUUCUGAAACAUCUGCAAAGACUACAAUACCACCAACAUCUCGCAAGGCAUCUGUGGUUUCCCAAACUUCAAGUAAGACUACGCCAACACCACCCACUUCUCGGAAAGGAUCUGUUACUUCUCAACAAGUUCCACCAACUGGUGACACAAAAGCACCUAUGACAGACAAACCAAAGGAGGACAAAACAGAUGAGAAGCCUGUGCAACAGGUUUCAGCAGUACCCAAAGCUUCAGUAGUAGCAGUGGCAGCAACUAAAUCUAGAACCAGAGCAUGUCCUAUUUGCAAAGUGGAUCUUAAUGUGGGUUCAAAUGACACCCCUAACUACAGUACCUGCACUGAGUGCAAUGACACUGUUUGUAACCUCUGUGGAUUCAACCCAACACCCCAUCAAACAGAGGUCAACGAAUGGCUUUGUUUGAACUGCCAAACAAAGCGAGCAUUAAAUGGAAUGGAAACACAAGGACUUCCAAAAAUUAAGACCCAUGAACCACAUGAAAAUGUCUCCACCUCAUCACCGCCUCCAAGAAUCGAAAGUUUAACAUCAGAGGCACCAUCAUUAGUGUCAACCGUGGUUCAUGAAACCCAGAAGAAAGAGAUUCAAGCUGCAGCCACCCUCGAUAAAACUAAGACUCCUGUUUCAGUGGAUGUCCAGAAGAAAGUCUCAGCUUCACCACAAACACAAGAGACAAACAUAAAGGUACAACCUGCAUCAUCUCAGAAGAAAGAAGCAUCAAAUUCAAAGAGAGACAAAGAAACUGACACACUCUUAAAGGAGUCUGACAAGUCUCCAGAAAAAUCUGCUCCACUUCCACAGGCCGAGCCACCAAAACAGGAAUCUAGUUUCUUUGGUUUUGGAUUUAGUGGUCCUAAGGUACAACCGUCUUCCUUUAAGCCAUCUGAGUCAACCACAGGGAAACACUUUGGCUUUGGUAGUUUGACCGAAACAGCUAGAUCUCGAUCACCAUCACCACAGUCUGUUUCUGCGGUGUCUGGAAAAGUUCUGGGCUUCGGAUCCUCUAUAUUUAGCUCAGCAUCUAAUUUUAUCAGCUCAGCUGUACAGGAUGAGCCUUUCACAACACCACCACCUUCUCGAAAGGCAUCCACAGUUUCCCAGACCUCUACUAAGACUACUCCUCCCACAUCUCGCAAAGGAUCUGCAGUGACACAAGCCUCUAGCAAGAUAGCAGACACCAAACUAAAUGAAGUACAAGAUGCAGAGAAACCAGCAGUAAAAUCUGAAAUCAAGCAAGCCACAGCUCCCAAACCACCUCAGAAACCUGAUCCUGAAGAAGGCAAAACCAAUUGUCCAUUAUGCAAAGUGGAACUCAAUAUUGGUUUCAAGGAUGCCAAGAACACAUGCACAGAAUGCAAGACAACAGUGUGCAGCCAAUGUGGAUUUAAUCCAAUGCCUCAUCAAACAGAGGUUGAGGAAUGGCUCUGCCUGAACUGCCAGGUACAACGGACACAGAUAGGGAUGAAAACAUCUGAAAGUCCCAAAGUGAUACCUCAACCAGGUCCCUUAGUGAAAGACAAUCAAACUCCAUCCAAAGUUGACAAGAUAUCUACAGCUCCAGUUGAGUCUAAACCUGAUGAGAAGUCUGCUGCAGCCGAAAAGAAAGCUGCCCCUGCUCAAGAAAUAAAGAAUGAGAUCUCGGUUCCAAGCCUUCAACAAAAGGCAUGUACUGAUGCUAAGACAACUGAUACAAUCACCCCUAGAAGAGAGCCUCCUAAGCAAAACGAUACUCAACCAGAUCCUGCGAAAACACAACAACAGCCACCCAAAGAUACAGCCACUCCUGUAAAAUCUGCUCGGCCUGACGAGGUCGGACCCCCAAAACAGGAAUCAAAUUUAUUUGGUUUUGGAUUAGGUGGUCCUAAAGCACAGCCUACUUCUUCUAAACCGUCUGAGUCAACCACAGGAAAGUUCUUUGGUGGAUUUGGUGGUCUGACAGAAACUGCUAGAUCUCGGUCACCCUCACCACAAUCAGUUUCUGCUGUCUCCGGGAAAGUUCUGGGCUUUGGAUCCUCAUUAUUUAGCUCGGCGUCUAAUCUGAUCUCUUCAGCUGUUCAAAAUGAGCCAUCCACAACACCUCCAAUUUCACAAAAAGGCUCCACAGUUUCUACUGAAUCUGGUAAAUCUACUGCAACACCAGCUUCUCGCAAAGGCUCAAUGGCCUCUGCCAAGGCUACACUACCAACAUCUCACAAAGGAUCUGUUGCAACAGAACCCAACAAGGUACUUCCUGAAAAAGAGAACAAACCACCAGUUGAAAAGAAACCAGAGCAGCUCAGUGAGGCCAAAGUAUCAAGGAUACCUUCUUCAGAAAAGGAUAAACCUGAAACUGUACAGGAUAAAUUAGUAAAAGAUCCUGAAAUUGCACCUCAACCAACCACCUGCCCACUCUGCAAAGUGGAUCUUAACAUGGGCUUGAAGGACCCUGCUAAUUACAAUACCUGCACUGAAUGUAAAAGCAUUGUAUGUCAUCUCUGUGGAUUUAACCCCAUGCCUCACCUUGCUGAGGAUGAGUGGUUGUGCUUGAAUUGUCAAACACAGAGAGCUCUAGCUUGGCAGUUGGGAGAUACGGGAAAAAUGCCAAUAUCUAUCCCAAAAGACAAGUCUACAGUCAUGUCAAGAACACAGCUGUACCUGACUCCUGAAACUCCUGCCCCUGCACAGACACCUAUUCCAAAAUCUGAGCUAAAACCAUCACAUGGAAAGCAGGCAGACGCGGAGAAAACCACAUCUACAACUGUUGCAAAGGCAGCGGUGACCACUCCAGCGGUCUCUGCACCUCUCUCUGUUGUUCCUACAACAGAUAUGCUGCAGACAGAGAUGGCAGCUGUGGUGGCACCAAUACCAGCUGCAGAGACUCAGAAAGCUGUUAAUACUGCUGCUGAGUGCACUUUGAAAGAAAUAGGCGAAGACAAAAUCCCUGAUGAGACAUGGGUAGAAACAGAACCGAUGUCUAUGCUUCCAGCAGUGCCAACUGAGGCAGAUGUAGUAAAGGUUAAACAGGAUACAUGCAUUCAACCUGCAAAAGAAGGACAACAGAAAGAUGUUGUGGUACAGAUGGAUAGCAUUCUUCAAGAAAUGUCUAAAGUAGACAUCAUAAAAGCAGAUAUUAAAGAGCAACAUAGAAAGGACAUCUUGCCGGUAUCAGUAGAAUCAUACAGCUCAGCUGAGGAAGAGCUUAAGGAGAUACAGAGAGUAAGUGAAAUAGCCAUAAAAGAAACCGCUACAAAACUGUUGCCUGUCAGAGCACCAGACAGUGUAAAACAAUACCAUGAGGACAGCAGUGAGAGUGAACCCUCCCCUCAGAUACAGAGAAGAAGAGUGAGGCCUGCUUCCUCCAGCAGUGAGGACUACAAACUAGACAGUUCAAAUUCUGGAGAUGACGAAGAGUUCAUACGGAGGCAACUUAUGCACAUGGGUGAAGACGAGAACUUGCCUUCUGAUGAGGACAAACACAGAAAAGAACAACAAACACAGCAAGAAACCAGAGAAGUUGAAAAAACUGAUGAUUCCAUGAAGCCUAAACAUGCCCUAACGAAACUUACAAUAGAGCCUGAGGAGAUUUCUGAUAUCACUCUGCCUUCUUAUGACCGAGAUGAUCAAGUUGCCCAAGUCAUCCGUGCCUCAGAUGCAUUAGAAAAAAUCAGAGUGGAAAUAGAUUUGUCAAAUGACAAUGAGAAGAUCAUAGCUACUGACACCACAGCAGUUGCAAUCACACAAAAAACUCCUGUUAGACAGACCACAGAGGAGCAUGAGAGUCUGAUUGAAGACUCAUCCAAGGGUGAUGGGUCAUCCAGUGUUCAGGUGUCUAGCAUCACACCAGGAACAGCUUCACCUACUUCUGUGUCCUCUAUUGAUGAGGACAGUGAUAGUAGCCCAAGUCAUAAAAAGGCAAAAGCGGAGAGUAAACAGCAAAGAAAGGCAAAACAUAGACCUCAUGCUCAGGCCCUUCCCACUACAGAGGACUCAUCUGAGGAGGAUGGGUUACGUGAGGAGGGUGAACAGAUGGAGCACAAAGAUGAAAGAGAUGAUCAGCCGCAGUUAAGAAAGAUCACAAAAAAAGUUAAGACUGAAAGAGAAGAUCUGGGCAUGCAAAGGAGACAAGAUCAUUUGACUAAAACUGAUAAAUUAAGGCAGUCAGCGGGGAUGGAGGAACGGCAGUCCUCCUUCUCUGAUUUUUCACCUAGUUUUGAAUCAGAACCAGAGAAUGCAGAACACAGAACAUUAUCAUCUGAAAAACAUUAUGCUGCAGAGAAGCCAUUAAAGACUGCUGAAGAGGUUUAUGAGGAAAUGAUGCAGAAAGCACAGGAAUAUAAAACAGCAGAGAAAUUCACACCACCUGAUAUUGAACCAUUAUAUGGAGGCAUGUUAAUAGAGGACUAUGCUUAUGAAACUUUAGUUGAAGAACAAGAACAGGCUGCCACAGAUCUUGGUAAAGUCGCCCAUGAACAAGAUUUGAGAAAGAUGUCUGAACAUGAGUCGGUGAGGAUACUUAUGACACCAGAUGAGGCUUAUGAAGAGAUGAUGAAUAAAAGAAGCAAGAACAUUCAAAAAGAGAAGGAGGCUCAGCAAGCACAUGCAACAAAGAUUGACACAUCCUUGCUACUUGAUGUCAGUGACACUUGUUAUGUGAGUAUUUCUGGAAAUUAUGCACUUUCUACAGAUAAAAAAGAAAAGCCACAGUUGGAAACAGAGGAUGCCUAUGAAGAGCGAUUGAAGACACAAAAAGAUGUUUUAACACCAGGAACAAGUCCUACCCAGUCAACUCCUGUGUCUCCUGCCUCCCCUCUGACUGUGUCUGAGUCAUCAUAUGAUUCCCCUGAGGUGAUACUCAUCCCUUCAAGUGGGGAAGAAGACAACCUAGCUGAACCUAUUGAAUGCAUUUUGGAGCCUUAUAUUACAGAUUCUACAUAUACUCAGGGUGUAUCUGGGAUUAAAGCUUUAUAUCCAAUUCCCGACUUAAAGAUCACUCAGUGCUCCUCUGGUGAAGAGGAAGUUGAAGAGGAGGACAGUGUGACACAAGACAAAAUUUCCCCUGAGCCAACUGGUAUACCUCAAAGUGAGGAGGAACCACAAGCCCCAGAAGAAUCAUUUGAAACUGUUCCCAUUUCUGUAAUAUGUGAAGUUCCUACAUCAAAACAUGUCGUGGAGACAACAGCAAUAUCACCACUGUCUCUACCAGCAUCUCCAGCAGUCUCAUCCCCAGAUUCAAAUAUGGAACUAACAACAGCACCAUCAUCCUCUCCAGUUUCUGACCAGACAUCUGAAUUAACUACUCCAGUUAGCCCCAGUGUAGCUGAAGUUUCUCCCCAAGUUGUAAUUCACAUUCCAGAUUUGGUGUCUGAACAAGCCACAACACAUCCAUCAGCAACUGCUCCUGUUGAAUCAUCCACACAGAUUAUUGAAUCCCCUUCACGGGUCAUUUCAGCCUCACCACAUGUCUCAAAAAAUGCUGGAUCUCCAACUCCUUCUGAAAUUCUUUUUUCAAAGCCAACACCCGGUCCAAAACCAACUCCUGCACCAAAACCAACAGUUAUAUCAAAACCUACACAGGAAACAGUCCCUACUCCCGAUAGUGUUUCAUCCUGUACAUCGGAUUUAGCUCUUCAAGAUUUAGCUCAAAGACCUUUGGCUAGUGCAAUACAUGAAACAUUUUCAGCUGCUGAAUCAGCCACAACAGACAAACAAACUGUUGCACCAAUAAUUCCUCCAAAAGUUGACCACGUAAACACUCCUCCUACUAUUGCUACACCUAUUAUACAGUCUCACAAAGGACCUUUAACACAAACUUCUGUUAUAAUUCAAAUGCCUGAUCAUGUGUCCCCUGCAUUAGACCAUCCAGUUCAAAAACAAACUCCAGUUUCAGUGCCUACCCUGCCAUCCACUUCACUCAGGAGUCAGAUUCCUACAACUACCCCCAUAGUUGCACAGAUGCCAGACCUGGUUACAUCUCCUUCUCAAUCAAUAUCUGUGACCUUUCCAGUACCUUCUAUAACCUAUGCCCCACUUUCCGCUAUAGUUUCAGCAGUGGAUCAAGCACAUAUUUCUGUUCCAACAAUGGUAUCAGCUUCAAUACCGUCAAAUGUUCUCUCUACAGACCAGACCAGCUCAGCUGUUGAACAAGUGGCCACACCACUGUCUGCUCAAUCCAGUUUUUCUGCUUUAGCAAAAGACAUUAAACCACUAACCAGUGUUUCUAUUCAAAUUCCUAUUCAGAGGCCAGCAGAAACCAGACCACACAUGACACCCCAAUUAGGCCAAGCAGCCACUGUUUCACUUCCAGCAAGUCAUGGAGAGCAUAUUGCUGCAAAGACAGUCUCUAUUGUUUCUCCCAUUGUUACUACAACUGUUGCUUUUGGAGCUCUACUGAAGGAAAACGUACCAGAUGAUGUAAUUUCUUCCCAACAGUCAGUUUCACAAAUCAUUUGUCCUGUUGUACAGACACAACAAGGUCAAGCUGUUUCCAGACUGCCAAAUUUUGAAAACAUGGCAGAUAAAACAACUAUUGAAGAUGGGAGAGGGCACCCUGUUGUUGUUAGUGUUUCUCCUUUUACUUAUCCAGCCACAAUAUCAAGUUUCAUCACUGAUUCAACAGUUUCACCUUGUGUGACAUCUGGAAAACCCCAUGUUCCUCAAGAAAGAACAGAUAAACCAGUGAUUUCAUUUCCACCACCUCCUCCAGCUUCCCCACCAGAAUUGCCAUAUAGUGCAAUACCCAAGACUGAUUUUAAUCAGCAAAAGUCUAUUCCAACUCCCUCACCAGUUACAGUAACUGUUCCUGAACCCCUACCAAAUGUAGCCAUUAUAAAUAUAAAACCAGCUGUGACCCCAACACACAAAUCACCACCCCCUGUUCCCCCCAAACCUGUAUGUAUUCCCCGAGGACUGGUAUUUAGUCACAGAUCAAGAGAGAGCGUAAAACCACCAGUUAGCCCUGAGCCAAUAGUUGUUCAAACAGUUCGUGCUGCAACUCUACCAAGAACAAGGGAACCUCCAAAUGCUUUGUCACUAAGUUUGACUGCCCCUAUAGAGACCAAGCACAGUGCUUCAUCACCAAAAUCACCUUUGUCACCCAGAUUUGCUAGAACUCUUGAAACAUAUGUCGUGAUUACAUUACCCUCAGAACCAGGAUCACCCGUUGAGGGCAUUACAACUCAAGCACCGAUGAGAAGAUCAUCACUGCCAACUCCCAGACAACAUGUUCCAUCUGAUGCCCCAAGAGAGUUUGCUCCAUCUGCAGUGGAUGCACCUGUGUCAUUAAUUUCAGCACAAAUUGUGGCAGCCCCACCAAAGCCUACCUCAGCUUUAAAUACAGCAGUGCCCCUUGAGGUGAUGGCACCUGACUUUGCUUCAGAGACAUAUCAUAUUACACUAGCUGCGGAUUCGAGACAAAGUAUAAUGGAACCUUGUGUAACAGUCCCAGAGCUGCCAGUUGCUUCUGUACCAACAUUUGUUUCAGCACCUCUUGUAGUGGCAUCAUCAGGACAAUCACAGACUAUGACUGUUGUUCCUCAUAUCACAAUGGAAAAUACAAUGCAUUCCCCAUCUGCUUUUAUAACACCACAUUUUGUAAUGGCACCUUCUGCUUUGAUUUCAGCAGCACCUGUUGCAGCAGCACCACAACCACCACCCACUGAUCUGGAAUCAACAGCAUAUCUGGAAAUGACAUACCCCACAACUUCAUUGAUUUCUCCUCUUGCCAUGCCUCCAGUCUCAGUGGUGCAUACAUCAAAAUUGUCAGAGGAGGUACCAGUAGCAUUAGCCCCAGUGUCAGGAGUUUCUACUGAGUCAGUCCCUCACUAUACAGUGAGUGAUGUGCAACAAGAACUUCAGAUGCAACAAAUGCAAAAAACAUAUUCUGCUCCAAUAACAAUAACCCAGAUUCCAAUCCCAGCUCAAAAUGAAGACAUUCCAGGUUUGGAUAUGGAAGAAAUACUGAUAGUCUCAGCUUCUGAAGAGGCCUUAACUGAAAUGGGUUCAUCACCAGUACCAAUAACACAGCUUCAAGAGCAGCAAACAGUUUAUGAGCAAAAACAAGACAUUUCAGUAGUGACCACUGCAACAACUGUGCCACCAGCACCAGUAACAUUUACCCAAUUUACAAAAUCUAUUGAGAGUCAAGAAAUUUGUGGACAAGAUAAAGUUAUAUCAAGCAUGAGCCAAGUCUUCUCUGCAGUCUCAACUACUGAGCAGCGUCCUGAUGCAUUGCCUAAUCUUGUAACCCAAGUUGUCACAACUGAAGUACAAAGAACAACAACUGUGUCAGUUGUCCAGGAGAGGAUUCCUGUCAAACCCAUACCUGAAACUGUGGGUGCCACAAUUACAAUCCAGCCAGAAGUUCAUCCAAAGCCUAAACAGAAUGGAAGAAUACAGUACCCUAGUGACGUUAUAGAUCUUACCACAUUUAAAGUCAAUGUUACAAUGACUGAUCAAGGAAUGGAUUUGACAACCCCAGAUUCAAGUAGGUCUUCCUUGGCAAGUGAAUCAAGUGGGCGACAGGCCACUGCUGUACAGCCCGAAAUUGUGAAUCUUAGUGCUGAAAUAAUCCCCACUACAACACUCUCUGUUGUAACUGACAGCAUAACAAUUGUUACUUGCUCAGCUACAAUUGCCUACAACAACAACACAGUUGACAAGCCUCUGGACCUGGGAAAUGCUUCUUCAGUGCCUCUUCCACUUACCACAUACAAUCCAUUUGAGCCACUUGCACAGAUAGUGUACAGACCUGUAAAUUCACAACCUAAGUCUACAGCCAGUGCAGAGAUUCCUAUUAACCUUUCAUACAAAGCUGUUGCAAGCACAGAUCCUACUCAUAUGCCCAUUACUAUAGCCCCGAUGAGCUUCACAAAUGGGACUGUUGGUAUACCAAUACAUACAGAGCCAAUGGCACUUGGACCUGUAGACCUCACCACAUCUAAGCCAAUGAAAACCAUGGUUGCUUUGACCUCAUCUUCUGGAGUGGUAACAACUGUUUUGGAAGAUGAUGGUACACCAGUUGAUCUAACAUCUGGAAGACGGAAUGUUUGCUGUGAUGUAAUUUACAGGCUUCCUUUCACAGGGAGCUGCAGAACACAGCCUACUGUGACCACACAACCAGAAAAUCAAAUUGGCUAUCAAAUUGAUAUUGCCCCAACACAUGUCACUGAAGAUCUCAGUACCAUGAAGGCUUCAGUAUCUGACAGUAAUUUCAAAGAGGCUGGGAUCUUUAGUUAUGAAAGAAAGAAUGGAUUCUCCUAUCAGAAUGGGGCAUCUGAGGUGGCUAUUGAUUUGACAUCAGCUAAAAUGUCAACAGAAGAGGCCUUAGACUACUCAAAGAAAAGCACUUUGGCAUUUACUGGGAUCACCACUACUCCAUAUUCUCAAGGAACAACGUUUGGCUUCAAUAGUUUACUAAGAACGACAAAUGGCAUUGUUUACUCAUCGGUUGCUGCACCUGUUCCCUCCAUGUAUGCAAUUACUACCCAACCGGGUUCAGUAUUUAGCACAACAUACGAUAGUCUCACCAAUUCUACAGAUCCACUUUUAACACUUCAAAAUCAGCCUGCUCCAUAUGGCUUUGUACACACAACAGACCAAUCAAUAUUCACACAGUCUGAUAUAUCAAAGGAUAUUCUACCUUCUGCAUUAGCCAGUCUCCUUCCCUCCCUGACAACCUUCCCUGAGCUCUACUCAGAUGCUACUCUUGAGGCAAUAGCAGCCUCACUGGACAUGCUGGUAUCCCCGAAUUUUCCUGAUUUAGAUGACAGCAAGAGCCAGCAGUACAAGGCUGAACAUGAGUUCUUACAGUUAGAGAAGUUGAAACAGCUGUGUCUAGCUGAAGAGCUUGAAUGGGAGAGGCAAGAGAUACAGCGUUACCGUGAACAAGAGCAGAUCAUUGUUCAGAAGGAGCUGGAGGAGCUUCAGAACAUGAAGCAACAACUUCUCAUGCAGAAAGAAGAGGAACGCAAAGCCCAUCUGAUUCUUCAGCAAGAAACUUUUGCACAGCAGCAGCUUCAGUUAGAGCAAAUCCAUCGAUUACAGCAGCAACUUCAGCAACAACUACAAGAGCAAAAGAUAUUCCCAUGUGGGUUCAGGCCAAGUGAGGGUAUGUCCCCACCCUUGAGCUCAGACAUCAUACUUGACUCAAAAUAUUCAGGGGGAGAUAAUGGACAAUACUGGCCAGUGAAGGAUGACAAUUCAACAUUAACUGCAGUGUCCACUCAUGACUCCACAACAGGCCAAAACUGGCUAACAACAACUUCUGGGGCUUUUACACAGUAUAGUUCAAGCAUUCCUGUAUCAUUAAGUGCACAGACAAAGGAUCAAAUGCAGUUGUUGUCGACAAACCUGUCAGAUACAGCCAAGCAAGAGCAAAGUGUGGGAUUAAGUGGAAAGAAAUUAAUUGAGAGUGGUGUUCAAACAGACGAUGAAGAUGGGGUUGAAAAGUUUCCUUCUGGUAGAAGGAGAAGAAGUAGGAGAAGUGUAGAUAGCUGUAUGCAAACUGAUGAUGAGGAUCAGGAUGAAUGGGACAUCCCCAUUCGGAGCAGACGCAAGUCCCGUUCCAGUAGAUAUGCUGAUGGAGAGAAGGGAAAAAGCAAGGUAUCAAGUAUUGCGAUUCAAACUGUAGCAGAGAUUUCUGUUCAGACAGAGCAUUCAGGGACAAUUAGGAGAUCACCUGUUCGGGCUCAGGUGGACACAAAGGUAGAUUUACACAGAGAGGGCCAAACAGAAAGUGAUUCAGAUAUUACAUCAGACAGAGAUAAAAGACGUCCAGCUCCUGCUGAGAUAAGUGUUAGCACACACCUGACAGCUGAUGAUGUUGGAGCAUCAUUAAUUACCAAAUCUCCGAAGGGAUUAUGCUCGCCAGUUUCACCAGUGUCCCCUGGGAAAAGUUCACAGAAGAUGCUUACAGCAGAUUCAUCAAUGCAUCUCAGUAGUCCAAGAUCACUAAGGGCCUCACAACGAUCUCUGUCUGACCCCAAGUCACUCAGUCCAACAACUGAGGACAGAAUGAUGUACCAGUAUUCAGACACCUACUCUAGCAAAGGUUCUCAGAGCGGCACAACAGUUGGCACUCAGAAGAAAGUAAAGCGCACUCUGCCUCAUCCACCACCGGAAGAAGAUACCCUCAUUGGCCUCUCUGGGUACACAACUGCUUCUGCCAGAAGACGAAUGUGCAGGAACACCACUAUGGCGCGGGCCAAAAUCCUCCAAGACAUAGACAAAGAGCUGGAUUUAGUUGAACGUGAGUCCUCAAAACUCCGUAAGAUACAGGCAGAGCUUGAUGAGGAGGAGAAAGAGAUAGAUGCUAAAUUGAGGUAUCUGGAGAUGGGUAUAAAUCGAAGAAAAGAGGCUUUACUGAAAGAGAGGGAGAAGAGGGAGAGAGCCUACUUACAAGGAGUGGCAGAAGAGCGAGACUACAUGUCAGAUAGUGAGGUCAGCAACAUCAGAGAGGCACGAGGUAAUGGUCAUGGACUAGAAAGGCCACGGACUGCCCCACAGUCAGAGUUUAACCAGUUCAUUCCACCUCAGACUGAGUCUGAGUCCCAGUAUGCACAGCUUACGAGCCCGUACUCCCAUUAUCAAUAUGCAUCCCAAACAAGUCAGUAUCCUCAGCAGACGUUGUACCAGCAGCAGUCUCUUUACCAUCAGCAGGUGUCCCCCUACCAAUCCAUCUACUCAUCAGUACCCUCACUCAAUCAGCAGUCCCAGCAGACUGGCUAUGACCAUUCCUCACUCCUUCUGAUGCAUCAUAAACCACGUCAGACUACUUUGUCUGAGUUAGAACCAAAGAUCACGACAAACUAUGAGGUCAUACGCAACCAGCCCCUUCUAAUUGUCCCUACAUCCACAGAGAGUGCCUAUGGAGUUUCCCAUCUCGGUGGUAAAUACGGUAGCCUUGAUCUGAGGAUGGGCUUGGAAGAGAGAGCCAGCAUGGCCAGCAGUCCCAUGUCCAGCAUAUCAGCUGAGUCCUUCUAUGCAGACCUCGAUCACCAUAAUGCCAGGAACUAUGUCUUGAUUGAUGACAUUGGUGAACUCACAAAGAGCUCCACGGGCCUUGGUUCAAGCUUCAGUAUCGCCGAUAAGGAUAUCAGCAAAGCUGACCGACUUCUCCGGACUGCUGACAUUCAUCGGACUGCAGAUGUGGCAGAUUUUCUUGGUCCUCUUCAGGCUUCUUCUCGAUUGCAUUCAUAUGGUAAAGCAGACGAGGAUUCCAUGGAGGAGCCAUAUGAAUUGAAGAUGUUGAAACAGCAAAUUAAGCAGGAGUUCAGACGCGGUACAGAUAGCCUCGAACAGCUUACAGCCCUGCCUCACUACCUCCACUCAGACACUAGUUUUAGGCAUUUCCCCAAAGCUGAGAAAUAUAGCAUUGGGAGACUAACUUUAGAGAAGCAAGCUGCCAAGCAACUUCCUGCCUCAGUUCUUUACCAGAAACAGCUAAAGAAUAAAAAAGCACUUAUUGACCACAAAAUUACAAAGUUUUCGCCCAUCCAAGAGAGCAGGGACCUUGAACUAGAUUACAGCAGCUUUUUGGCCUCUGCCAGCUCAGUUGGUGGACUGUCUGCCAGGGCAAGGCUCUUGCAGGAUGAGAUCACUUUUGGUCUUAGGAAGAACCUAGCAGAGCAACAGAAAUAUUUGGGUUCAGCUCUUGCCGCUAACCUGGCUCAGUCACUCAACUUAGGCCAAUCUCACAACCUAGGGCCUACCAUUAGGUCUUCCCUUCAGGAUGAUGGCACCUACCCCAGUGGUACUCGGUCAAGACCUUCCUCUAGGCCUUCCUCUGUAUAUGGACUGGACCUAUCUAUCAAAAGAGACUUGUCAAACUCCUCACUACGCCUGAAAACUGAGGGUGAGGGCAUUGAUACACAGUUUGUAUCUAGGGCUAAACCGACAAGUCUGCCAAUUAGUCAGAGCAGGGGGCGAAUUCCUAUUGUUGCACAAAACUCUGAAGAGGAGAGUCCACUGAGCCCUGUUGGUCAGCCCAUGGGCAUGGCCAGAGCAUCUGCAGGCCCACUCCCACCCAUCUCAGCAGACUCAAGAGACCAGUUUGGCUCCAGUCACUCUCUUCCAGAAGUCCAACAGCACAUGAGAGAGGAGUCCAGGACAAGUGGCUAUGAACGGGACAUUGGCUUUAUAAAGGAUGACCUUCAGGGGGCCAUGUCAGAUAGCGAAGCUGGAGGUCCUAGCUGGAAUGUGAAAGCAUAUCACCUUCAGCAUGAGGAGACAGACUGGUUUGACAAACCCCGCCAGGGACGUGGUGGACCAGAACCCGGGCCAGAAAGAAGACAGAUGAAAGGCAGCCAUUACCCCUUCCCACACACCCGCAUCAAACUGCAACGGGACCCCAAGGACCACACCGUCUCAGGGAGUGGACUGGGAAUCAGAGUUGUGGGUGGUAAAGAGAUCCCAGGGACCAACGGAGAGAUCGGAGCUUACAUCGCUAAGGUUUCAGCAGGAGGAUGUGCUGAACAUAUGGGAAAAGUUGUGGAAGGAAUGCAGGUUCUGGAAUGGAAUGGAAUCUCUCUGCUGGGAAAGACAUAUGAAGAAGUGCAAAGCAUUCUGGGACAGCAGUAUGGAGAGGCAGAAAUAUGUGUGCGCCUAGAUCUAAACAUGCUCUCCAGCACAGAACACCCCCAACAACUCGAGCUCCAUACUCAGCUGAGAGCUGGUGAGCAUCAGCGUUCUCCAGGUAUAGACCCUAAGCAGCUGGCCGCAGAGCUGCAGAAGGUUUCACAGCAGCAGGCUCCUGCCUCUGUGCUGUCUGCUCUGGAGAGAGCAGGACACUUGCACUCUGGCACCGGAUCUGCCGCUUCCAGUGGGGUCCCCAGCCCUGGGCAACCCGGCUCCCCUUCUGUCAAAAAGCGCCAUAGUAGCAAGUCAGCAGAGGUUCUGAAGCCACAACCACAUCCAAUCACUGGUGAAAUACAACUUCAAAUCAACUAUGACAGGAAUAUGGGUAAUCUGAUUGUUCACGUGCUACAAGCUAGAAACCUCGCUCCUAGAGAAAACAACGGAUACACAGACCCCUUCGUUAAGGUCUAUCUCUUGCCAGGGAGAGGCCAAGUCAUGGUUGUCCAGAACGCAAGUGCUGAGAAUAAGAGAAGGAUUAAGUAUGUCCAGAAGACUCAGAACCCAGAGUGGAACCAGACUGUUAUUUAUAAAAACAUCCAUCUGGAGCAGCUGAAGAAGAAAACUCUGGAGGUUACUGUGUGGGAUUAUGACAGAUAUUCCUCAAAUGAUUUCCUGGGAGAAGUGCUCAUUGAUCUCUCAAACACGGCUCAGCUGGAUAACACGCCUCGCUGGCACCCUCUAAAGGAGCAAAGCGAGAGUAUUCACCAUGGAAGAACCCAUCCUCCACAGGGGCCCGGCGGCUCUGGGGGUCUCGGAGGUCAGGGAGGCCCUGGAGAGCCAGGAGGUUCUGGAGGUCAAGGAGGGCAACCGGGCAACCAGCAGUCCCCUAAAACUUCUGUCAUCAAGAGCCGAAGUCAUGGCAUUUUCCCUGACCCCGCUAAAGACACACAGGUCCCUACAAUAGAAAAGUCUCACAGUAGUCCCGGCAGCUCCAAAUCUUCCUCUGAGGGUCAAUUACGCUCCCACUGCCCCUCACGCAGUCAGAGCAAAGGCAGCGUCACUCAAGCCCACCUGGAAGAAGCUGGGAACGCCAUCGCUGCAGCUGAGGCUGCGGUGCAACAGGCCCGAUUCCAGCCAAAUAAAACAAAACACAGAAUGAUUGAUGGAGAUGCAUACACUCUGGACAGUGAAGAAAGCAUGGGCACUAACACUGUGGACAGUGCUAUAUUUCAGGUCCCUCAGCUGAAAAACAUUCCGAAUGGAACAGAUAAAAUCAGAGGACUUGAAUCUUUGAACCUGUCUGAUUCAGAAGGUAAGAUGAUGGGUGAGAUCAAGGUUGCUCUGAAGAAGGAAAUGAAGACCGAAGGAGAGCAGCUGGUUCUUGAGAUCCUGCAGUGUAGAAACAUCACCUACAAGUUCAAAUCUCCAGACCAUCUACCUGACUUGUAUGUAAAGCUUUAUGUGGUGAAUGUGGCAACUCAAAAGAGGAUCAUAAAGAAGAAGACCAGAGUGUGUCGCCAUGACAGAGAGCCAUCAUUCAAUGAGACAUUUCGUUUUAACCUGAAUCCCGUUGGCCACUCUAUUCAGCUGUUCCUGGUGUCAAAUGGAGGGAAGUUUAUGAAGAAGACGCUGAUUGGCGAGGCCUACAUCUGGCUGGACAAAGUGGACAUGCGUAAGAGGGCAGUCAGCUGGCACAAGCUAGUGGCCACCACCAGUCAAACGCAGCCAUGAUCAGACGCCGUCCAUCUCCCAUCGGUGCCCUCCAAAAAAGAGAAAUAAAGUUAUAGGUGGGUUUGUGGUUCUGGAAUGACUGAUAUAUCAUGGAAAGAGAAAAUCAGUUAAAUGAAAUACUAUGACAAAGAGUUUGAGGCCAUUCACCAGGAUAUACAAGUCUAUUUCCACUCCCAGAGCACUGCUCUUGUCUAUUUGAGGGAGUCAUUUCUGCAACUACAUUCUGAAUAUCUUAGGCAUGAGCCAAUUAUUACAUUUCAAUGUAAUUUCAUCAGUAAUCACAUGUCUAAAAUCAUAUAUAUAUUUUUUAAAAACAUUGUUUACAAGGAGAUAGACGUAUAGUUCUUGACACAAUCAUGUGAUGCAUAAUGCCCAUAUAUGACUAUGUUAUGUACUGUAUGGAGGUUACACUGUAAGAAAGACAAUCCCCUUAUUGAAUAUAACAUCCAGCCGUGCACAGUUCGAGAUUCCUCCGUUUAUAAUGUCUUGAGUGUCGUCUUCAAUGUUUAGGGAAUGUUGAAACUUCAGGUUGUGACUGACAUCAGCUAUUGGACAUAGAUCCAUCAAUCAAGUCAAGAUGAUCUGGUUUCCACACAAUCCUCUUGGUUAUUUCAAGAAUGGCUAUUUGUUGGAUGAUAAAUGACGAUGUGCUUCGUUUUUAGUGUCUCAAUCCCUCAAAUUGGGUUUAAAGGGCAUCUGUUUUCUGUCUUGAAGUUUGGCUGUACGUGUCCACGAUGUGUGUUUGUUUUAUGAACAGCAUCUUGAAGUAAAUGUCAUGUUAGUGGUCAGAUGUUGUCAUCAAUAGUCUCUGUUUUGUGACCAAGUUGUAUCUGGAAUCCAAAUAUGCAAUGAAAAAAAAAAAGAGAAAAAGAUAAUGAUAAUAAUUAAUGUACAUGAGGGUUCUGGCUCAAUUGGCUUGAUUGAAAACCUGAUGUAAUAUGUUUUGUUUAUUUUAAUGGUGCACGGUGUAAAGUUCAUCUGUUUAUGACGGUUUAGUUCUUUUUCAAUAUGAUCACUGCCUCUUAAACCUGCAUCAUAUCAGUGUAUAGUUACAGUAGUAUGUGCCAUUGAAGGCACACGUUUUUGUCUGUCUAGGAUCUCAACACCGGACAGUCAUUUUCAUACUUAACAGUCAGUGUUUCCAUUACCAAUAUCAGUGGACAUAUUUCACAAAUGGCAACAGAUU